AUGAGAUCUAAUCAUUAAUACAAUUAUAAUUAUAAAUUAGACUAAAUAUUUUCGAGAGAGAAGUAACUAUUCAUAGUAAAUAGGUCAUAUGAUCUCCAUUUGAAGAAGUUGAAUGAAAUCAAAAGCAAAAAAACAUAAUCCUAAUAGAGAGUAUAGCAUUUAGAAGUCCUGGAAAAAAGAAACAACCUACGAUUACAAAGAAGACGUUUCGAUUUAAAUGGUAUGCUACCAUCUGCUAUUUCAAUAGAAUAAUCAGAGCGUAUAAACAAGGGCAAUAGCUAGUUGUAUUAAAAAAUAACAGAAAUCUGCAAUAGACCCAUGUAAUAAGAUUACUAUAAAUAUGAAGAUGAGUUACUACAUCACCCUCACAAUCUAAACCUAACCUUUCGUAAGAAUCAAGCUUAACAAAUACAAAACGAAAAUAUUAAAAUUGCUGAUCGUCUAAUGAAAUAAGAACCAGUCCUGAAAUUAGAGGAAUUUUCACAUUCUUAUAAAGAGAACAAGAGGAUGGUGAUGAGAUUACAAAGAUAUUAACAAUGCUAAAACUACAUGAAUAACAUCAGAAAUAAUAUGACAUUUUCUUACAGAGAUUCUACAAACAACAGUUCAAUAAUUUCAAAAAAGAAAGAAAAACAAUAGUUAUAAUAUUAGUUAUAGCCAAUCAUUCAUAAUUUAAAAGCCAAAUCUAUUGAAAAUACUGAAAUAAAUAAGUAAAUUGAAACUAAAGAUCAUUUUUUAUCAUAAGAACUAGAAAAAUUGAAAGACUAUUAAAUUAAAGCAUAGUUAUCUGAAAUUCAAUAAGUAAAUGAGGAAUCUUAAAUUGAAACCAUUAGAUAGGAUGAAACUGUCGAACAACAUAUACAAUAAUAAAUUGAAAGAGAAGUCAAACUUUAUCAAGAAGAGCAAAGUGAUGAUAUUGAAUAAUAAUUAAAAUGA